AUGCCGGUGAUGAGGGGCCUCCUGGCUCCCCAAAACACCUUCCUGGAUACCAUAGCAACCCGCUUUGAUGGCACUCACAGUAAUUUUGUCCUGGGCAAUGCCCAAGUCCGGGGAGCCUUCCCUGUGGUGUACUGUUCAGAUGGCUUCUGUGAACUGACCGGCUUCUCCCGGGCUGAAGUCAUGCAACGUUGCUGUGCCUGCAACUUCCUGUAUGGGCCCGACACCAGUGAACUGGUGCGUACCCAGAUCCGCAAGGCCCUCGAUGAGCGCAAGGAAUUUAAAGCUGAGCUUAUCCUCUACAGGAAAAGUGGUGUCCCUUUCUGGUGUCUCUUGGAUGUGGUGCCUAUCAAGAAUGAAAAGGGGGAAGUGGCUCUUUUUCUAGUCUCCCACAAAGACAUCACAGAGACCAAAAGCAGAGCAUCUGCGGAAAACUGGAAGGAAGGAGGUGAGAUAAAGCUAAGGAUGGAGGUGGGGGGUGGACGGCGACGCUACAGCCGAGCUGGAGCUAAAGGCUUUAAUGCCAAUCGUCGGCGAAGCCGGGCGGUGCUUUAUCACCUCUCAGGACAUCUCCAGAAGCAGGGCAAAGGAAAGCGCAAACUCCACAAGGGCGUCUUUGGUGAGAAGCCUGCCUUGCCUGAAUACAAAGUGGCUGCUGCUCGCAAGUCCCCAUUCAUCCUGCUGCAUUACGGUACCUUCAAGGCUGGCUGGGAUGGACUGAUUCUUCUGGCCACCCUGUACGUGGCUGUCACAGUGCCCUACAGUGUCUGCUUCAAUGGCACCAAGGAUGACGGGCUUCCAGAGGCUUCUCGUGCACCCCCCAGUGUCUGUGAUCUCUCUGUUGAAAUCCUUUUUAUCUUAGACAUUGUGCUGAACUUUCGUACCACAUUUGUCAGCAAAUCAGGGCAGGUGGUCUUUGAUCCUCAUGCUAUAUUCCUACACUACUUGACCCGCUGGUUUGUGUUGGACCUCUUAGCAGCAUUACCCUUCGACCUCCUCUAUGCCUUCAAGGUCAAUGUGUACUUUGGGGCACACCUGCUCAAGACAGUGAGGCUCCUGCGGCUGCUGCGGCUGCUGCCCAACCUGGACCGGUACUCCCAGUACAGCGCCGUGGUGCUCACCCUGCUCAUGACCGUCUUUGCCCUCCUGGCUCACUGGGUUGCCUGCGUCUGGUACUUCAUCGGGCAGCGGGAGGUCGAGAGCAGCCCCUCCCAGCUGCCCGGGAUAGGUUGGCUGCAGGAGCUGGCUCGACGCCUGGAGACUCCCUAUUACCUGUCUCAGAGGAACAGCAGUGGUGAAGAAGGACCUGCCAACCAGACCACUUCCUCCCUGAAUGGAACAACUUGGGAACUCUUAGGGGGACCCUCCCUGCGCAGUGCCUACAUCACCUCCCUAUACUUUGCCCUCAGCAGCCUGACCAGCGUGGGUUUUGGCAACGUAUCGGCAAACACUGACUCGGAGAAGAUUUUCUCCAUCUGUACCAUGCUGGUGGGGGCGCUGAUGCAUGCUGUCGUCUUUGGCAACGUAACGGCCAUCAUCCAGCGCAUGUAUGCCCGGCGCUUCCUCUAUCACAGCCGCACGCGUGACCUGCGCGACUAUAUCCGUAUUCAUCGGAUCCCUCCACCACUAAAGCAGCGCAUGCUGGAAUACUUCCAAGCCACCUGGAGUGCCAGCAAUGGCAUUGAUACACGGGAGCUGCUGCACAGCCUCCCGGAUGAGCUGCGUGCCGAUAUCGCUCUGCACCUUCACAAAGAACUGCUCCAGCUGCCCCUCUUUGAGGGGGCAAGCCGGGGCUGCCGGCGCUCCCUUUCACUUAGCGUCCGGACCUCUUUCUGCACGCCAGGGGAGUACCUGAUCCGGCAGGGGGAUGCACUCCAGGCCCUCUAUCUCAUCUGCUCCGGCUCCAUGGAAGUGCUGAAAGAUGGCACCGUGCUGGCCAUCCUAGGGAAGGGGGACUUGAUUGGCUGCCACAUCUCAUCCAAGGAACAGGGUGUCCAGGCCAAUGCCGACGUGCGGGGCCUCACCUACUGUGAUCUGCAGUGCCUGAGCUUGCCUGGCCUCCUGGCCAGUCUGGAGCUCUACCCAGAAUUUGCCAGCAAAUUCCGCCAUGAACUCCCCUGUGAACUCAGCUACAACCUGGGUGGAGGCAGCAUCUUCCAGGCAGAGUCACCAUCACCAAGCAACAGGGAACCUGCCACAUUGCUUUCGGUGGUGAAGGACUCAGAGACUUCAUUCCCUCCACGCCGGAGAAUGCCCUGCUUGCCUACAGAAGUAGUGGAUGAGCCCCCCAGCCCCUUGCUCUCCUCUUCUUCUGGGGGCCACAGUCAUCCAUCCACACGGUCAGGAAUUCCACGCCACCUGGCCUCGGAAACAUCCUCACGUCCCACGGCAUUGCAGCUGCACAACGUGCCCUGCAGCGGUCCCCCAGAUCUCAGCCCCAGAGUUGUAGACGGAAUUGAGGAUGGGUCCAGUUCAGACAAACCGAUUUUCAAUUUCCGCCUUGGUCCUUCAGGACCCGACUACAGCAGCCCUUCACCUGGGACAGAUAGUGGCCUGCUCACUAUCCCUCCUGAGUUAUCUAGUGCGGAAACCAUUGAGAAACUGCGCCAAGCGGUGGCUGAGCUCUCCGGGCAAGUUCAGCAAAUGCGUGAAGGCCUGCACUCUCUGCGCCAGGCUGUCCAGCUCUUCCUUCUCUCCCAGGCACCGGCCCAGCAGCGAGUUGACCCUUCUGCCUGUGGGCCUUUCCCCCAUGUAGACGCUCCUACUACGCCUCUGCUGAGCCCCCUCCAGGUCGACACAGGACUUUCACCGGCUUUCUGUUCCCACAGUGCACCACCAGCACCAUGCCCUAAUGGGGCCUGUGGCAGAGUUCAGUGGAUGUGGGCCCCUCCGGCUGGGCAGAGCUCACCCUGGCCUGGGACGUUUUGGACCCUGGGACGCCGAGCGAGGGAUUCUGAGGCAGGAGUGCUUUCACCCCCUGGUCAUGGCCCCAAAGACCAGGGGAGCAACACACCGAUGCCAAACCUGAGCCAAAGAGAGAGCUCUCUGCCCCAAGCUUGCUCUGCCACAGAUCCAGCAUGCCAUACAAGCUCCCCAGAAACCAAACCUUCCAGGACUCAAGCCUGUGAUUCCUCCAGCCUUGAGAUGGUGCUGAUUCGUGCUGGGGAUGAUGGUUCUACAUGCAGUGGCCCCUGCUGGCUAGAGGAAGAAGGGACAGGGAUAUGAGUGUGCUGAGCACAACUGAUUACACAAAGAUCAGGUGCUGGGAGUUUUCUGGCCUGGGAAUAUCAAGGACUAGUCCUUGUCUUACAGGACUGGAUGUUCUCCCAUGCUAGGGAACAGAACACAACAGAGAAAGGCUAGAAACAGCCCUUCCAGAGCGGGGAGAGAGCUGCAGCUGUUCUCACAAUGGAGACAGAAGAAGACAGCAAACACCAUGAAACACCAUGGGGGAG